GAGUACCAGCUGAUUGACAGCGUCGCCUAUUUUUUCGAUAACUUGGACAGAAUAUCCAUGCACGACUACAGACCCGUGGACAGUGACGUGGUACACGCACGGCGCGCCACGAAGAGCAUCACGGAGUUCUGCAUGAGCAUCAACAAGGUGCCGUUCUUGUUCGUGGACGUGGGGGGGCAGCGCACGCAGCGCCAAAAGUGGUUCCAGUGCUUCAGGAGCGUCACGUCCGUCCUCUUCAUGGCCUCGUCCUCGGAGUGGGACCAGAGACUGCUCGAGGAUAGGUUAAACAACGAACCUCCUGUUCUAACGNUGAGUAUAGUGCACUGCUGCUCUGACUUUGUGGGUAACGGGCACGACGAGGUGCAGGUGCAGCAGUUUAUCCUGGACAAAUUCGUGGCGCUGCGACGACACGCUGAGCGCCAGCCGCUGUUCCAUCACUUCACCACAGCUGUGGACACUCAUAACAUCGCUGUGGUGUUCGCAUCUGUCAAGGACACCAUACUGCAGCGUAAUCUGGUCACCCUUAUGUUGCAGUGAUGUUUGUGGUGAUGUUACAUCACUUCACCACAGUCGUGGACCAUAAAAUCAUAGUGAUGAUGAAUCUUUUGAUAUUUUGUUGUGGUUAUGGUAUGUUACAAUGAUGUUAAUUCAGUGAUGUUUUGUUGCAAUGAUGUUAUGUUACAGUGACGUAAUCAUACAAUGAUGUAAAAAUUCAAUGAUAUUAUGUUGCGGUGAUAGUUGUUGCAGUUAUGUUGCAUCGCAAUACUGUUGCGUUGCAUUGUUGUGUUGAAACGGUUACUUAUUGUGCUAAAUCCUGGGGUUCCUACAGCAUAAAUCCCAAGUCUGAUAUUUCGUGGUAUAGUACCUACUUAAUCUCUACGAUAAUUACCCGAUGGGUUAGAAAUUUUGGGAAUGAUUUCAGAAUCUCGAAUGCAGUGUUUCGGAAUCUCGCCUGCAGUGU